AAUCGGUGAGAAAUUCAUCGCUCGUUUUGUUGAGCAAAUCAGUUCUCGCAUGUUUCAUUGUUGAAAAGGUUCUCUUCGUAGUAGCUGUUCAAACGAGCAACAUCAACACUAGAUAAAUCAAUCGACUAAUCAAUUUGCAUUGUGUGUCCAUCUCUACACACCAGCUGCUCUAGUAAAUUUUUUAAGGGAACAAACCUCAUAUUUCUUUUGGUCUUUUAUAUUUUAAACUUUUUAGAAUUUUAGGUUUCAUUUAUUUUUAGACGCAUAAUCUCUGGGACUAAAAUUUCUAGGCUAAAUUUAGAGUAGUGAUUUGAAUAUGUUCAACUUGAUAAUUUUUCUAGUUAAACCCAAUCUUAUCAUAAAAUAACACUGGUUUGAAUGUUUAAAAUCAAAAAUUUCAUAAAUACUAUACUAAUUACUGAUUCAGAGGAGGGCUGGACCGGGACCAGAGUGGCCACCCCCUGGAUCCGCCAAUGUUACGAAUCAAUCUGGAAAGAAUACUCAUUGUGAUAUCAAACUCUGCGUGCCAUGAUUGUUAUGACUUAUGAUGCAUAUGUAUUUACUUUAGAAAAAUGGGUGACUUAUUUAGCUUGAAAUAGGGAUGACAAUGGGUUGAGUCGGGGUGGAUAGUGUAUAUAUGUUACCUUAUCUAAAAUAGUUCGAAUUUUACACAUACCCACUAAAAAAAUAGGUAGAAAAUCAAAAUCAUGUCCAUACCCUUUCAGGUUUCGGUUAUCCAUGGUUACCCAUGGGUAAUAAUUUCGCUUCAUAAUUCUAACCAAUAUGUAAAUAUGCACACGUAUUCUCACAUUACGUAAGAGUAAAAGUACGACAAUAGUUCAUUGAAUGAAGAUAAUUAAUUAAAACAACACAAUUUCAUGAAAUAUUAUAUUUAUAUGCUAAAUACAUAAUAUUUUAGAGAAAUUACUAAUGAUUAUUUCCAGACAGAAUGCAUAUGCAUGUGUAUAAUCGGGUGGGUUCGGGUUGGAUAGUAAGAAACACAUGCCCACCCAUUACCCGCAAUAUUCGGGUUCAGGUUUUAUCCGUACCCACUAAAACUUUUUCCUAUUCCGAUUUUACCCUACCCAAUUAAGUCAGAUUCAAACGAACAUCCACGAUUACGAAUAUUUUUGUCAUCCAUAUCCCUACUUUAGCUUGAAACUCAAUAUAGUCACUGCUGUUAUGAUUUUACUUAUGAUGGAUAUAAUAUUAUGUUAUGUGUAAAAUGUAAAUGACAUAAUGAUUUUUUUAAUUGAAACUUUUUUUUUUGGUGGUGUUGGACUCAAAUUUUCAGGCAAGGACUCAAAAUUCAACUUCAGUAGUUUGCUCCAUUUCUCCUUCGCCGAACGAAUUUGACCCCUCAGCAGGCUGCCUGAAAUCAGCACAGUCCUCCUCGCCGGAGAUGGAUCCCACAAUCUGGAACACGUUGCCGGAGGAGCUCCUCCACCACAUCCUCUCCUUCAUAUCUCUCGAAACGCUCCUAAAUCUCCGAUCAACCUGCAAACGUUUCGAUUCCCUCUUCCUCUCUCCUUCUUUUAUCUCCAACUACAACUCCUCUCCUAACAACAAUCCCUCCUCCCAACACUUCCCUUCUUUCCUCCUCCUCGCCCACCCUCACUUCGGCCCCAAUCGCUUCGCCGUCUACGACUCCCUCCACGGCCGCCGGUGGCGCAACUUCCAUUUACCCAUCUCGACCUUCCUCCCCCGAUCCACCAUAACCGCCGCCGCCGCCGGCUCCUCCACUCUCCUCGCCUCCUCCAAAGGCAUCCUCUGCUUCUCUCGCCCUUCAUCCCCUUCUUCGUUCCUCGUCUGCAAUUUGCUGACCCGAUCCAAUCGAGUCGUCAAAUUCCCAAACUACCCCUUCCCAACCGAAUCCCUCACUCUAAUCCCCACCCGCUCUUCCGGAUACAAAAUCUUCGCCAUCUCCCGCGGAAGCGGAAUCUCCUCCAGAUCCAGCUUCGUGUACGACUCUGCCCUCCAUUGUUGGCACCAAGGUGAAGCCAUCGCCUCGAAUCUUAGAUCCAAAACCCGGCGAGAAGGAGGAGUUAUUCAUGGACGCUCCCUCUACUUUUCCACCGUCGACCCGUACUCGAUUGUCCGGUACGAUUUGGAGCAGAGGAAAUGGGAUGACGGAGCACAGAGCAUCGAAGAAGUAGUACUACUCCCCGCCGAUGGCGGUGGCGGUCGAUUGUCAUUUGUGCGAUUGGUAGGCGACGGCGAGCUGAAGAUGUAUUUGAUCGGCGGGGUUGCGGCGGCGCAGUCGAUAUUGACUGGGUUGAAGAUAUGGGAGCUGAAUGAAGGGAGGAAUUGGGUGGAACUGGGGGAUUUGCCGAGAGAAGUGUGCCGGAAAUUCGCUGCGGUUUGUUAUCAUAAUUAUGAGAAUGUGAAUUGCCUGUGGCACGAAGGGAUGAUUUUCGUGUGCUGCUAUACUUGGCCGGAGAUUUUGUGGUAUGACGUCUUGGCGGGAGAGUGGGGAUGGUUGCCCAAGUGCCCUUUGCUUCCUCAGAAGAAGGGGAAUUCUUGUGGGUUCACUUGGUUUUCUGUUGUGCCACAAUUGUAUACAUUGGUUUAAUUUCAAUUUCAUCAUUCUUUUGUAAAUAUUUCAUCAUGAUAUUUAGUUAUCCCUGUCGGAAAUAAUCGCUGUGUACCAAUUAUUUAAUCCAAAGUCGGAUUGUCGGGGCUGAUUGAAUCAACUCACUGGUACAAGGUCCAGUUAUCCCUUCUAAGAUUGCGUAACAAUUUAUUUUUUUAUCUAUUGCAGCUUCAAUAAAUUAUUAUGAUGUAUGUUAAGUGUUUCGGUCAUUAGGUGUUCACCGUCAUUAUUAAUCUAAUUGAUUACAACUCAUCGUGAUGUGGCCAAUAAACGCGAAAUUUUUGUAGGUAAUUGUCGUCUCUUUAUUCAGCUCUAGCUUGAUAACAAGCAUUCUCGAAAAAACAACUGCAGAUUUUGCAGUAAUACAAGCAAAGAUCAGUUACUUUUAUACUAGCUACAUCUGCUAAUCACUGCUAAUCACAAGAAAAUGAACAUAAUGUGAUUGACUACUUAGUACAUUAAGGAAUUCAGCAUUCCCCUCACAAUAGCAAACCACUUCAUGCUUGUUUGUUUCUUCAUGAUCGACAUUUUGAGUAUCAUCAUCCAUAUUUGUUUCUUAAUGCUCGUCAUUUUGCGUACCUUCAUCUAUAUUUACUUCUUCAUUAAUUCGUAACCCAUCUGAUACUUGGACUGACGAACUGAAGUGGGCAAUUGACACUCUCAACGGGAAAAUUGUGAUUAAGCAAGUAGCUCGAGUAAUUUGGAGAGCUAUGAUCAGCUCAAUAUAUGGCGCGAAAGAUGUUUGCUUUCGACAUGGAGGUAAAAGAAAGUCUGCUCCUGUGAUGAUAAUAGUAACGGUAACAAUUUAAACGCGCCUAAUGUUUGAUAAUAGUAACGGUAACAAUUUAAAGUUUAAACGCCCCUGCGAACCCUACUCGUAAAAGUAAUAAACGCUUGGUCGAGAA